ACCAGCAGGAACAUGGUGACCACUGAAACCCACCAGAACCAGGACCUGCUGGUCCCCUCUGAGGCCCAAGAGCCGGAGGACCAGCUCAAAGAAAAGGAGAAUCAGGCCAACCAGGAAAAUCCCAUAGCAGGCCUGAUUGGAUUGGACAAAAUGGGCCAAGGCCCCGUCAAUGCCAUCACAGUUCUAACUUUGCUGGACAAACUGGUCAACAUGCUAGACACCGUGCAGGAAAACCAGCACAAGAUGGAGGGGCACCAGGUGGAGAUGGAAGGCGUGGUCAGGGGGAUCCAGGCCGAUAUGAUCAAACUCUCCAAAAGUCACAGUCACACCUCCAACACUGUCAGCAAACUGCUGGACAAGAGUCGUAAACUUUCUGUCACCAUGAAGGAGGUACGAGAAAGAAUGGAGCGUCAGGGCACUCAGGUCAAGAAACUGGAGGCAAACCAUGCCCAUCUGAUCAACAGAAACAACUUUAAAGUACUCAUCUUUCAGGAGGAGAACGAGAUCCCCUCCAGUGUCUUUGUGAAGGAUCCUCCGCCGUUCCCUCGUGAUGAAAUUCUGGAAGAAGGGGAUGAAUCUGGUGCUGUCGAAGGCAAUCAGCCCCAGGAGGGUGGUCUCCAAACUAUCGACUUGUCAUCUGAUGAGGAUGUGGGCCUGGAGGCCGAUGUGGAUGAGGAGCUGUGGCCUCAAGACCUUGAGAACAUGGAGAAAUCCAAAGCUGAGAAGCUUAAACUAUCCAGUCUGAAGAAGGUGGACAGCCUGAAGAAGGCGUUCUCACGACAAAACAUAGAGAAAAAGAUGACCAAGAUCGGAACUAAAAUCGUUUCUGCUGAACAACGGGAGAAAAUCAAACAAAAGACUGCCAGCCUCAAGGUUUCCCCUGUGACUUUCGGCAUCAAAAAGCCUCGCAGCAACUCUGCCUCUCAACCUCCUGAAGAACAUCCUGCACAGGUGGAAGAGUGCCCUGCCGCGGAGGACCACGUCCAGCUCUCCCCGCUGGCCAGUGACGAGCAGGAAGUCACCUUCUCAGAGAUCCACAACGAGCUGGCCCCGCCGGAGCAACAGGAGAAGGAGCAAUCAUAUACGGAGGUCAGCGGAACAUCUGAAGGGCUUAGUGAGGACUACGCUCUGUCCACCACGCUGCCUCAGGACCAGGAAAACAAGGAGGAGCCUUCAAUGUCACUUCAGGAAUAA